AUGGCUACUGCCACCUUAAAGGACAAAACUCGUAUGAAUAAACGCCUACUACAAGAAAUGCCGUUUUACGGUGUAAACUUUAUAUCUCAGUUUAGCAAUAAUUUAGAUGGACGUCUACCGACAAAAAAACAAUUGGACCGCUUAACUAGUAUAUAUGAUUUAGAUCUGUUUGGUUUAAACAAUGAUUCUGAAAUACACCCACAACCAGUGCGCUGCAAAUAUUAUUCACCUCACAGCUUCGAUCAGUUAAAAAAUAGGUUAAAUAAUUCUAAGUUUUCCUUAUUUCACAAUAAUGUAAGAAGCCUAAAAAAAAAUUUAGAUAACUUACAAACACAUCUCUUAGAUGAACUACAUUAUAAUUUUAGUGUAAUUGGUGUCACAGAAACUAGGAUUAACCAAACAGAGAUAAGUGAUUUUAAUCCCGCUUUACAAAACUAUAAUUUUGAAUACGUUCCAACGCCUCAAGCUGCUGGAGGAGUUGGAAUGUAUAUAGAUAAUGCCCUAAAUUACACAAUAAUUGAAAAAUGCACUAAUGAGGCUUUUCAAGCGCUUUGGAUUGAAAUUAUUCAACCGAAACAUGCAAAUAUUAUAUGCGGUGUAAUUUAUAGGCAACACAAUUCGCCGGAACGUUUUCAGGCUUAUUUUGAAGAAACUAUCGAGAAAUUGUCGGCUUCUGGCAAAACUAUUUAUGUGAUGGGUGAUUUCAACAUAAACCUCCUCCGUUGUUGUUCAUGUAACUUCGCACAAGAUUUUCUUCUCUCUCUACAAAGCUUCAACUUGACCCCGACUAUUGACAAACCAACGCGAGUGCAUAAGGACUCCGCCACACUUAUUGACAAUAUAUUUUCAAAUAACGUUGAUAGCUCUAUCCUAAGCGGUAACAUAGUUUCUGAUAUAAGCGAUCACUACUCGCAGUUUUGCAUUACUUGUUCGGACAUAGGUGUUAAUAAUAGUGAAAGCCAAACAAAAUUAUCUCGAGAUUACUCAAAUUUCUCUGAGGUUAAAUUCAAUACUGAACUUUCUCAGCUAGAUUUGAGUACAACCAUCUCAAGAACGAAUGACCUUAAUAAAUCAUUCUCAAUAUUCUACAAUAAAUUACAAAAACUAAUCAAUAAGCACGCGCCCUUGAAACCAGUAUCGAAACGUAAAAGUAAACAAUUAUCAAAACCAUGGAUAACACGUGGCUUAAGGAAAUCAAUUAAAACUAAGAAUGUAUUAUUUUGCUCAGGUGAUAUAAGUAUGUAUAAAUAUUACAGAAAUAAGAUAUCACUUCUUACUCGUUUGAGUAAGAAAGCUUACUAUACGAAAUAUUUUGAGGAUAAUCUUUUCAACACUAAGAAAACAUGGGAAGGAAUAAAUAAUCUCAUCAACCGUAAAAGGAAGAGUAGCAAACAUAUAACGUCUCUUAGAUGUCCUAAAAGAAAUAUAUUAUCGUCUAAUACUUCAGAAUUCCCAAACAUUUUUAACAAACAUUUUUCCUCGGUUGGCCAUGAACUGGCCUCUAAAAUGCCAAAUUCCUCAACCUCAUUUCAUGAAUAUUUAUCAAAUUCCACUAAUCCGUUUUCAUUCGCAUUUAAUUAUGUCUCCCCAAAAGAGCUUGAGUUGGAAAUAAUGACAAUUCCGUUGAACAAAUCAUAUGGUCUAUAUUCCUGCCCUGCACGUAUUUUAAAAUGCUCACGAUAUAUUUUAAGUAACCCUUUAUCCGUCUUAAUCAACAAAUCUGUAGAAUCUGGCAUUUAUCCAGAUAAACUUAAACAUGCUAAAGUUAUUCCGAUUUUUAAAAAUGACGAUGAAACCGAUCCUUCCAAUUAUAGACCAAUAUCGCUUCUAUCAAUUUUCAAUAGGAUCUUUGAAAAAGUUAUGUAUAAGCGUCUUAAAAACUUUUUUGAGAAAUACAAUAUGCUAUAUGAAAAUCAAUAUGGCUUUCGCGAAAAACGUUCAACCCAACAUGCCAUAAUUGACAUUGUGAAUCAAAUUCAAACAAAUAUGGAUAAAAACAUGUAUACGUGUGGUAUCUUCAUUGAUUUACAGAAAGCAUUUGAUACAGUAAAUCAUUCCAUAUUAUUACAAAAAUUACAGCAUUAUGGAAUACGUGGAAUUAUUAAUGAUUGGUUCUCGUCAUAUUUACUAAAUCGCAUUCAAACAACGCAGAUUGGUACUGUAGUAUCAGAUAAAGAGACAGUGCUCUCUGGCGUACCUCAAGGAUCGGUUUUAGGACCACUGUUAUUUCUUAUUUACAUUAACGAUAUAUAUAACUCUACCGAUAAAUUAAAAUUCUCUUUGUUUGCCGAUGAUACCAAUCUAUUAUAUGCUGACAAUGAUCUAAGGUCCUUGGAAACUACUGUUAAUCACGAACUAAUCAAAUUAUAUAAUUGGUUAACUGCAAACAAAUUAUCUCUUAACGUUAAAAAAUCUAAUUUUGUCAUUUUCCACUCUCACCAGAAAAGGUUAGAUUAUCAGGUAGACCUGAAAAUAUUCGACAAUCAUUCAAAUACAUUUAGCUCUCUGGAGCAUAAAAAUUAUGUUAAAUAUCUGGGUGUACUUAUUGAUAGUGGCCUCACAUGGAAAGAUCAUAUCGACUACGUUGCUUCGAAAAUAAGCAAAUCAAUUGGCAUUAUUGCCAAAUUAAGGCAUUUUGUUCCAAGGAGUACUACAUCGGAUAUAUACAGAUCUCUUAUAUUACCAUAUACCUCGUAUGGUAUUAUUCUAUGGGGUCAAGCUGCUAGGGUUUACCUUAACAAGAUUUUUAAGCUUCAAAAGCGUGCUCUUCGAUUAAUGAACUUUGGGAAGUAUAGAUCCCAUGCGAUCCCUUUUUUUAUUUCUGAUCAAAUUUUACCUAUCGAUAUGCUUUAUUUUAAGUCUGUUUCUAUGCUAAUGCACGAUGUUUAUAACAAAAUGACGCCGUUAAAUAUUUCAAAUUUAUUUAUCCCGGCGCGUGAAGUUAACAAAUGUAACACUAGGUUCUCCUCUGGCAGCAACUUCUAUGUUAAAAGUUCGCGUUUGGACAAGUUACAUAGGUCAUUUUCAAGAACAGGAGUCCAGAUAUGGAAUAGUAUAUCUGAUGAUUUGUGUAAUUCUUCUAAAAACAAAUUCAAGAGAAAAUUGCAUGAGAUAUUGUUAUCUAUACUUACUAUAGAGGAGGAUUAUGUUGAUCUCGCUACAAUAAUAAAAAAAAUUCAAACAUAAAUUAAAUUAUAGGUAACUGCAUAUCUAUGUUCUUACCUUGUUCCUUUUAUUAUUUUUUGUUGAUGCUUAUGCUAAAUUGCAACUGCGUAAUUUUAAAUCACGUAAUAUUAUAUCUCUUAUAGUUUCUCUUAUUAUUCUUUCACCUUUUGUAAACUGCAUCUCAAAUAUCUAUCCUUAAUUUAAUUAUUUUGUAAUUGUCCGCCUCGAUUAGCUUUUGCUACCUGCGGACAGAUUGUUAUUGUAAAUAUUUAUAGCUAUAAUAAAAUUGUUGUUGUUGUUGUUGUUGUGUUAAUCCUUAAAUUUAUUGUUAAAAAGUAAUCACUGUCGUGGUUAUUGUAUUGUCAAAACUUAAUAUUAACUACAGCAUAUGUUUUAUAUAAUCAAACUGUUUAAUUUCAUUAUAAAGAGCACCGGAAAUCUAUUUGUCUCUACUGGUGCAGUAUUCACAAAACUUGAAAAUAAUUGAAUUGGUAUGGUAUUUUGCUAUAUACCACCACAUCAGGUAAGACUAACGCCCGUAUUCUAAAAGCUCACUUAUACACACACUCAAUGAGUGCAGGUUCAAUCUGAGCUUCUCUUGAGUGUAAAUGCGGUUUUUGAAUAGCUGGAGGGUGAGUAGUCACAGAGUAAGGGACGACACUAACCCUCCAGCUAUUAAAAAUUAGCAUUUACACUCAACAGAAGCUCAAAUUGAACCUCCACUCAUUGAUUGUGAAUGUGAGUAAGCUCUUAGAAUACGGGCGUAAGCUAUAAAUUUAAUAUCGUGUUUCUAGAAGAAAUAUGUUUAGUUUCAUUGUUAUUAUUUUAAAAGAUUAGUCAGUAACAGAUUUGCCAAAUCGUUUGAACUUGGUUUCCUUCGCUUCAGCGUGUUUUAUUUUCCUAUGUGGCUAUGUUGUAAACAAUGAAGCACUGCACAUUAUUAUUGUAUUGACAAACUGCUGAUGGAAUUGAUCGGAUUUUGUUGACAUUGUCAGGGGCGAGUUUGGUCCCUUGUGGAACUCCUGAUGGGACCCCAUGCCAUUCUGAAAAACAUUCCCGUGAUAGUUUUACCCUUUGCUUUCUAUGUGUCAGAAAUGAAGAUGAAGUUGAAAAAUUUUUUGUGCAAGGAUUUGAUGGUCAAUAAUGAGAUCAAAUGCCUUGGAGAACCACCCAAACAGCAUUCCCGGUACGCUCCGUAGCCUUACUCAAUUCUCGAACCAUAGCUAUAAGUGCUAACGGGGCCGAUGACCGAGGUAUUCCUCCGAAUUGCUGUGGGUCAAUGACACUCAAAAUAGCAGGGGCAAUAUAAUUUUCGACAACGGAUUCUUCGGAAAUUUUGGAUAGAGUAGAGGUUAAUGAUGUAGGUCUGUGUUGUUUACUGAUAUCAGCCACCGGUUUUUCUUCAGGGAUG